GCACGACUGUCAACCACGCAGUUCGUAAAAUGAAACGGCAAAGGUGAGCCGCGCCACAAACUUGGCCUGAAAUCCGAUCUGCAGUUUUUCCCGAGGUUACAAAAGUUUCCAUGGUUGUUGACAUCCGACUACCACCUUCGCGUCGACGCAAGCGCAAUUCCCGCACGGGGUCCCGACAGGGCGCUCUCACAAGAGGCACGGCCGGUAGAGCACGCGCAUAUACGAUCCCUGUUUUGCAUUUUCGAGCGUGUAUAGCCUCUGCUUCGCGCGCUUUUUCACGCCGCAGGAGUCCUGGGAAGAAUAGCAGCAAAGCACCGCUUCCGUAAAAGUUCCUCGUUCGUGAAGCCGAAAAAAAAAAAAGAAUAGCGGUGCGCCGAAAAGGCAUAAGCACCUGGAAUGCCAGGCCGCCAAAGCGGAGUCCACGAAGCCAGCUCAGCAUCCCAAAUCAAGGCAAAGCUGAAAUAAGACUUGCUGAGCAAAGAAGGCUUAAGUAAAAGAAUAUAUGAAGGUAAAAACGAGAGUGUAGUUACAGGUCGGCGAAACGAACGUGCGUGCUCGUUACCGAGGCUUCUUUUCAGACAAGAACUCAUAGAAGUGGGCGGAAUUCGAGAACGCAAUUGGGGAAAUUCGAGAAUGCCGCCUGGCCGACCUUGACAGGAACGGUGUGCGAUGUUUGGGAAUUUCGGCUGCAGCGAGAGUGCGUGGGGGGAAGGCACCGGCGCUUAGUGAAUAUCGAGGGGCGGCGCGCUGUUUCCGCAUUUACUUCUCGCCGAAAUUUUUUGUUUCCAACUCCCGGGUUGGAACGGCGGCUUGUAACUUUUUGGUGAUCGCGCGCCUGAAAAGAAGGGCUGACGUCACGCCGGCGGCGGCCCGUGUGCAGGGGGCGCCGGAAGGGUGGACUGCUCCGAUCGAUGGCACCUGUCCCCCCCGGGCCAGCAACAGUUGGUCGGGCCGGCCGUGGUGUGGCGCCCCGAGUCCUGGCCGCGCGCCUCCCGCCGAGCCGACUUCGGCCGAGCCCGCCUCCGGGAACGACGUGCGCGCGAGCUUCGAGUCUCUCGUUCGUCGGCCGGCACGUGAAGCACGCCGGCGCUGUUAUCGCGGGGAGCCGCCGCCGCUCGGGACACCGUUUCUUCUUCUCACUUACACUGUCGAGCUUGGCAAGCCGCACGAGCCGCGAUUAUUGCCCGACAAAUUUUGCGCGCUCGCUGACUUAUUUUGCGAGCGGCGGGGAAAGGUUUAUUUCCAGUGUUCUGGCGGGAAACAAAAAGAGCCGUCGUCGCCCACGUGCACACCUUGGAGUCCUUCCAGAAGCGCGCGGUCGAGCUGCAAGUCACUUCCCCAGUCGCGAGUGCGCGAGAGGUGACGCCUCCUCCUUAGCGUGUAGAGCGCAUCUGUGAAUGACUCCACCGCUCACGUGACUGCUGUUGCGUUCCGAAGGUUGCGAGAGCGUGCGGCAGCCCUCGCUCCGCGCGUUUUAGAGACCUCGCAAAGCGUCCGGAACAGCUCCGGCCGCCGCGGCGUUUUGGUGGAACGGCUGGCGUGUCCGCAGCAGCUGGCGUGGAACACGACUCUCGGGCUCUCCCCCAGGUCGGCAUACGCACACACAUACAAACACACACAACCCGGCGGCAGCGAGCGUUGCAACCUGUUGGUGUCGGUCACGCGGUGGGACCCCUUUGGGACUGUGGCUCGCGGGCGCUGCGGCAUGCGACAAGCGAUUCGCCCAUCCGAGCGCCCAUCGUGCUGAAAAGCGAGGCUUCUGACUUCUGGCUAUGUCGCUCAACAAGGAUCCGCGUCAUUUCAAGAAGUGUAAGAGCGCCACUUUUCGAGUCGACGGGCUGUCCUACACCAUAGUGGCCAAUCCGCCUCCAGAGGCUCCUGCCAAGGAUGCUCCCGAAGGAGAGGCCGAAGAGGAGGACGUUGGAGAUCCCACCAAGCCGGGUACGGUGGUGGUGCGUCGCUUCCAGCCUCGCGUGGCCACGGUUGUGCGCGAGAAGGCUGGCGAGCAGUGCGACGAAGGCGGCCGCCCAAACGAGGACGAUGCCGAGACGGAGGCGGCCGCCGGCGACCGCCGCAACGGAAAGAGCCACGGAGCACUGGGCGACGCCCGGCCGCUGCCGCCUGUCGACACGCUGGAGGCCUGCGACAAAGCCGCAAACAGGUUGCGAGACCUGUCGACGCACCUCCAGCACGGCGACGUUCCGUUAGAUAUGCUUCAAAAAACACUUCAGUACGCCGCCUGCGUCCUUGAAGCCGUUUGCCAAGAUGAGACAAGGAGGCAGACGCCGAUUCCACCCCAGCCACCACCUUCGCUUCUCGAAACGACGUUACCACAAUCCGGGGUGGCGACGUCUUUCUCAGUGCGUCCCGACGAGAAGAAAAUUCCUGCCACCGAUGUUCUCCCGGCAGACAGCGUCCCGCGGCAGCCGGGGGUUGAACAGCGGCGAAGGGCCCUCAUAAACGCCAACUCAAAGUUCAACAGCGGAUCGUUUUCCAAAGGUGCUCAGUCAUUUUUUCGGAAGAUGCUGGACGAGGAGGAUGACCUGUCAGAAGUGCAACCGGAUGCGGUGCCCAAUGAAGUGCGAGAAUGGUUGGCGUCCACCUUCACGCGUCAAGCGGCAACGCAGAGGAAGCGGUCGGAGGACAAGCCACGGUUUCGUUCUGUGGCCAACGCAAUCCGGGCAGGCAUUAUGGUUGAGAAAAUUUACCGACGGCUGUCAAGCUCAACGCUCCUGCAAAUUCCUAAUCACCUUGCAGCUUUACUCAAGUCUGUAGACGACUGGUGUUUUGAUGUGUUCAACGUGAACGAGGUGGCAAAUGGACAAAUCCUGCGCUAUCUGACAUACGAAUUGUUCGGGAGGUAUGGGAUUGUCCACAAGUUCAAGAUAUCGUCAGCAGCGCUAGAGAAUUUCAUCACUGCUGUGGAGCAAGGGUACUGCAAAUACAAAAACCCCUACCACAACAACCUGCACGCAGCAGAUGUCACCCAGACCGUCCAUUACAUGCUCUACUCAGCAGGCAUCGGUAACUGGUUGACAGAACUGGAAGCAUUUGCCACCUUGUUUGCAGCAAUUAUUCAUGAUUAUGAACAUACUGGAACAACCAACAACUUUCAUGUGAUGUCUCGGUCAGAAACUGCGCUCAUCUACAAUGACCGAUCAGUUCUUGAAAACCAUCACAUCAGUGCUGCUUUUCGCCUGUUAACAGAUGAUGACCAGAACAUAUUAUCAAGUCUAAGCAAGGAAGAGUACAAAGAGUUCCGUCUGUUGGUUAUUGAAAUGGUUCUGGCAACGGACAUGACCUCUCACUUCCAACAAGUGAAGACCAUGAAGACAGCCCUGAGUCACCAUGAUUUCAGCCUCGACAAGGCCAAAGCGCUCAGCUUAAUCCUACACUGUUGUGACAUUAGUCACCCAAGCAAGGAAUGGAGGCUGCAUCAUAGGUGGACAUAUCUUCUUAUGGAAGAAUUUUUUCAACAGGGUGACAAAGAACACGAACUUGGACUUCCAUACUCGCCAUUGUGUGACAGGAACACAACAUUAAUUGCAGAGUCCCAAAUAGGCUUUAUUGACUUCAUUCUAAAUCCAACCAUGGAUGUGUGUGGAGACCUCUUGGAAAAAAUACUCCAGGUUGCACAAAGAACUACUGAAGACAGCAUUUCAGAAGAAGGUAGCGAGAACAAAGGAACAGAGGCACUGAGUGAAGAUGAUGCCAAGGCACAUGAUGACAAAACCAAAGAUGACUCCAAGCAGCAGAAUGACAGUAAAGAGGAGGAUGCCAAACCACACGAAGAAGGCAAGAAACAGAAUGAGGAAAAAAUGCAGCAACGCUCACUCUCCAUGGUCCGGCCAAUGCGCACUACAAGCACCACAAGCAUCACAAGUCUCUCAAGUCUAACAGCAACCAGCACUGAUGAAGGCAUGAAAUGUGGCAAAAUGGGAAGCGCACCUUCUUCACCGAGGUCACCGAAAGGACAAGUCGCCCCCAAAGAGCUGAAGAGGCCUUGGCUCAAAUACUUGGAAGAGAAUCGCAGCAUGUGGCAAGAAAGGGCAGCACAAGACGCAGAGGCAAGAAGAAAACGAGCAAGCCAAGGGAAUGAAGCAGUGGAAUCUAAUAGGGCCGAGACCAUGCCGGCGGAGUCAAAGGCAGGCUUGCUGAAGCCCCAACUGUCCACGCCUUCGGAAUCUAAAGCCUCUGAGGCCAAAGAGUCCACGUCUACUGAGCCGCAACCUACAAGCUCCAGAGCACUUGAGUUUAUGCCACUAGACUAGAGUCUCAGCUAACACACAAAUUAAUGUUAAUGCAUUAAAUUGUGUGCUAGCUUUUGGAUGCUUUUUAUGAGCAGGGCCAAUUCAAAUGUUCACUCUGAUGUUUGUGCACCUGUCAACAUUUGCACGGCAAGAUGCCCUUGCAGCUACUCUACAUUGUGAACAAGUACCGUAUAUGCCAUCAUGAUCUACAUAUAUAAACAUUACCUUAGCGUAACUACUCCACCAUGGAAAAAUCAAUUAGUAUUCUUCUUGCUUUUUCUUUUCUCAAACUAAAUAUAUUGCACCUAGUUUUGUGAGUGCAAUUUAGUUGAAAGUCUGGCUAGCUUCCUUGAGGCAUCUUGUCUUGUGCAGCAUGCACACACAUGCAGGUACACACAUACCUGUACACAACACACCCAAGCACUUGAAGUCAUUCCUUCAGUCUGCCCUCAUUCUAGCUCACAUUGUUCCAUUCGCACUAGCAUUAUACAGUAGCUAGUAUUUGACAUGGGCACAAAACUUGGUGAGGCUUUCCAACAAAGUUCAGCUAAGAUGCAUGCUCCAGGCAAGGAUGACAAUAUAAGCUUACUGUUGGGCUACUUUUGUUUAUGCGUCUAAGAUGCACAUUUUGCUAUCUUUGCCUAAUUAUGUUCAUCGUGUAUGCUGUGAUCAUUUAAAAGUCUUUAACCUAUGACCUAUACAGGUUAUGUGUAUUCAUAUUGUGAAUGGAAGUUUUAAGAAUCUUUGAAGAUGCCUCUACCUUUUUUUUUUCUUUUUUAUGCUGUGAUUCGUCCUUGCUUGGCUUUCAUUCCAAUUUUUCAAUUGCAUCAGGUAUGAUGAAAGUAUGCAAGGCAAUGUACAUUUAAGGUUCCAUCGUGCUUAUGAAAUCUAAGCCUGUCUUCACUUGGGGUCUCCUGCAGUUUUUGACACAUAAUUAUGUGCUGCUUUCCACUAAAUACUGUCUUUAAAACAGAACUUUUGUUAAAAUUAUUAUAAAAUGAAGGCACAUUUACUACCCAUUCUCUCUUUAUUUAAGGCUUGACUUUUUCAAACAAGCCGUCAGUUGUUUGUGUGAUGUGAAUGAACUGCUAAGACAAAACAUUUCUGCACUGAGGUUUUACAGCAAGCAAUGCAUACAUUUUAGCAGCAUCAAUGCAUUGUUUUACACGGGUGAAGAUGCAGUUGCAGUGAUCUUGUUACAGUGGCCUGUUGCAUAUGGCGAUAGUUGUGCAAGUUAUUUACAGCAAGAUUUUGCUGUAGCACCAUGUGAUAAAGAUGUUCAUUGGGUAAUAUGCUUGACAGGGAAGGCAGAUAAGACAGUAUAAUGUAAAGAACCUCAUUAUCAUCGCUUUCCUCUAUUUUAAGUGCAAUACAAUUUUACCCCAUGCCUAAAUUAAGCUUGCUGUAGCAUGUAUAUAGCACUGUGAGUUAAAAUGUUUCUUUGACACCCUAAAAUAAAGCAUGGCCUUACAGUUUAGGCUUGCCCUUAGCAUGUUAUUAAAUGCAUAAAUUUAUUAUUUGCGAUUACUCAAUGUAGUUCUUCACUGAAUGCAGCUAACCCCAAGACAGCAGCGCCUUCAGAUAGGGAUGUAGUUUUGUAUAAAAGAUGCAGCCAUAUAUUAACUAUUUUAUCGUGCAGAACUAUAUGCAGAGCAUGAACAGGUAUUUUUGCAAAAAAAAAAUAAGGAAUAACAAUGUCCACACCAAAAAAUUAAAUUGUAAUGACCAUGUAAUGCGGAACUUCUUGUAUUAUCUACUCCAAGUAGUGGUACUGUUUUCAAUGCAGUGAUUUUACUGCCUUAUUGUUUUGCAGUAAAGCUAAGAUUUUUGUGAAGCCUCUUACUUUCUGUUGCAGCUAUGUCAAUGCCAUGUAACAACGAAAAUGUCUAGAGUAUUACUGAUUAAUAUAAGUUAUGUUACAUUCAUACAUGGUAAGGAUUUCUAUAUACACAUAUAAAAGCAUAUAUUAUAUACACAUAAAAUGUUAUAUUUACAUUUCAUGUUGACACCGUUAUUCCAAAGCAACAAAAAACGCGCUAUCCUUACUUAAGGUGGUCUACUAUCCAGUGCCACAUUGAUGCCCGUCUUACUGCAAAAAGAUAUUUUCGUAGGCUGGGGAUGUCCAUAGCAACGAACCAUCAGUGUUUUUUCAGAAUGUCAUCAUUUCUUGUUUCUUUUUUCUCCAUGUUUAUUCCCAAUUAACACCUCCAACAAAUGCUUGAGCAUAGGCUUGCUUUGCUUCAGGCUGACUAUCAUAUCAAUGAUUACUUCAGUGCUGUAAUUGCCAUCUAUGCUUAAGACAGUGGCUACACCUUGGCAUAUUGCUUGCCACGUGACGCUGCCUUUCAGCUGAAAGUGGCAAAUAUCUAGCUCUUCCCUACACUAUAAGAUUGUAGCAAUGGAACCAAAGAUGGAAAAGCACUGCAGUGUGUAUCUAAAAUAUAUUUUGCUGCUGAAGAAACAUUCUUGCAGAACUAUAUAUAUAUAUAUAAAUAUAUAUAUAUAUAUACACAUAAUAUUACCUUUGACCAGGUUUCAAUAGUUCUGGCUCACCGAAACUUUGAACAGUCUCGAGCAACUUACAAUGUACUGCUUUGAAAUGUAGAUCCCUUAAUAUGUAUAUAUGCACAGCACAUUUUACCAGUAUGUAUGGACAUCCUGAAUGUAUGAGAUGCACUUGAUAUUCAUAUAAUGGUUGUGUACAAGGCUGCAAUGCUACUCGGUGUACAAGUUUUCUUGAGUGACAGUGCCCCUAUCGUUCUAAGACUUUGCAAGCUGCCAGCGUGCCAAGCUGUAUGUUUGCAUGUUUCUCAUCGUGUGUGUACAGAAACUACAGACAGCCUCCAGGGGCAAGGGAGUAUGUGUUAAUGGGUGACAUGCACCUGUUUUCGAUUUAUGAAGUUGCAUUUAAUGUCAGAGCAGUGCCCUGCCGCACUUACACCCUCCAACACCCCAUUCUCCGCAGUUCUCUGCACUGUUCACCUGACAACUUUAUUUUUUCUUCCAAACUGCUCCACAAUACCUGCAAUGUUGCAUUCACAAACUGUGUGCGUUGGUGACCGCUGUUUCUGAAAUAGUACUGCAUACAGUAUAACCAGUGAAGCCUUACGGGUCUGGCAUGACUAAAUUAAGCAUCCUGGCUUAAGCUAACGCGAUAACAUGUAGCAGUGCUGCAAACAUAAUGCUCUGAUUGUAAAAAAAAUCUGAAACACCACUGUUUCCUUGAGAUAAGCUUUACAAAUUCUUAUUUCACAUGCCUAGAGAGAAGGAAGAAAAGAGAGGUAACAUGAGAAAAAACAAAAGCAUAGAUGUUAAGGCCCUCACUAGAAAAGUGUUUGAAGUCAUGCCAUCAAAUUGUGAAAGUAGAGCUUGUAAACAUAGCUUGCAUUCUGUUCAUUCUACAUAUACACACAAGAAAAACGAUGAGCAAGCUUCCAUACACAUUAAACUGCUAUUGUGAACUAGUUCUCUACACGACUAAAAUGUGUACAACCAACCUCACACUGAGCUAUGGUCUAGUCACCCUUAUAGUGUAACAGAACAAACAUUAUUUAUACUUUUUGUCUUUCACGUAUAUCUGUCCAUUAACUGCAAGCAUAAAAGUGCUUGCAAUUUCUGGCCAACAGUGUAACAACCUAUGGACCAGGCACAAUGUUUCUUCCUUUGCACAAAGCUUUAAGCUCAGCACAGACUGGACUGAAGGAAACUAAAACUGGAAUAUUCGAACACGUUUCCUGCAUAGUAAUCCAGCUGUUGUUAUACUGCUAAAAAGCUUACUAGUGUCUGUAGUGGCUCAGUAUCAUAUCUGCUAAUGCCCCUGUUGCCAUAUAGUACAAAAACCCCCUUUGUGCUGAUCUACACUGGAAGUGCAUGGUACGUACAUAUCAUGUUAAAAGUGGUAAUCUGGACCAGAUGGUAGAUAGAAUGUAAAACCAAAACAAAAAUGUGAAAGGACACACAAGGGCCAAACAGCAUACAUGUGAAGUCUUUCACCCCUACCCCCUUGCAUUACACCAGUAUAAACCCCUUGGUUGGUAACAACUUUAUUGAUGGUCCGGCAGAGCUUUCGCCGACUGGGCUUUAGGUCUCCCACGUGGGGACGUCGAGGCCUUGCCUCACCGCCGCCUCGCGGGCUCCUUAAUCUUUUUUUUUUUUGAACGGGCAAGUUAUAAACGAAAGACUGCAGACAGUCUAGAAUCUUGCUAUAUAAUAAUUUGUUGGCAAUGUCAUAUUAAUGCUGAAACCGUUUGCACUGUACCGCUUUGCUAAACCUGUAAAAAAAAAUGGGGAAAAAAAAGCAGGCGAUGAUCCGCUUCCGAUUUUGAAGAUGGGUGUUCUAAAAUAACAUUGUUUUGGCAUCGCUGUAAUGCACAGUAUCGAGCCAUCAGCGAGUUGUGUAAUGAAACAAAGGCUCACAGAAGUGUCAUAUGUGGAACAAUAUGGGAACUAAUAAUUUGAAGAUGACCUUCCCACCAUAGAAGACGUACCAAAGUUUACGAUAAGUCACAUCAUCUUAACAAAAAUACUACGGUACGACUACGUUCACCAUGUCGAAGAAAUAAAAUAUGUUGGAUGGAAUAUAGAAAAAGGCGAGAUAAAAUAUGCUUUCUCAGUUGCACUUUGAUAAAGAGAGCAGGUUUGCUUGAAGGUAGCUACAGACAUUACUGAUGGUCUGUUAUGACCCUGCUAAAUUGUUUCUCUAGACGAUGAAACGUACAGAAAAGAAAAUUUUAAGUCUAUUUCAGUUGACGAAAAAAAAUAUCAGCUCUUAUAUAUGAAGGGGAAAUGUCAUCCAUCUGAGAGCAGCAUACGGCUACAAAGGAUUGUAGAGAAAUGAAUUAACUUGAAGCAGAGAUCCACAGAAUACUGCAGCGUUGUGUUGUUAUCAGGUCCGUAGCGAUAAUUCCAAUAGAAAAACUAUUAGCCUGUAAUGUUAUCAACCACUAAGAGUCAACUAAGUUCUCAUCAGAAGACUCAUUAGUCUGUUUGCUUGUUGACAACCAAUGGCGUAGUUAUAUAAAACACUGGGAUUUCCAUCAAGCCAAAUCGGUUUGAUCAAUAUACCUUUGACACUCGAUUCGAGCUAAAAGAUUAGACAAGGCUGGACGCAUAUGCGUAAGCACACGGCAAUGAUUCAAUCCAAUGAUGCUUCUUUUUCACUGUGCAAGUUCUCUAGCAUGCUAAAUACGAAUAUGCAAGCAAAAGAAAGUAGCAGCAAUAAUUCAAAACAAAUAAAGUUUCAUGCUAGAUUUACAAAAAGUCUGAAUGCUGCUCUUCACUCAUCAUACCAAACUACAAAGAUAACUUACUACUCGAGUUAUAAUUAUGUUAUUAAUAGUGACUGCUUUGUAUUCUGGCAUUAUAGUUAGCCAGUGAAUUCCCUUAUGUACCAAUUAACAUACCGAGUCUUACUGAGCCCUAUAAAAACUAACUGCCGCUUCAUUACAAUUUGAAUGCAGAUUCCAACACAAAAAUGCAUGAGUUAUUCUACUACAACUAAAAAAGCAAGAAAGCUUUAUCAGGAACAAUGGCAGUUGAUAGUGGACCUAAUAAAAUUAGUGUAGCAGCUUAUGUAUGGACUAAUAUGCACCCAAUGCACAUUCUUGUCAGACUGACAAAGAAACUAAGAAACAAGUUUACUAGGCUUAAUAUACAUGAAAUAUAAUAUUUUAGGAAUUAACAAAAAAUUGUAUUAUAUUAGGGCUGGAUGAAAAUUUUCCCUUUCAUUAAGCUUUUCCCACCUUCCAGAUUUCUGCCAAACUUGUUUGUCAUAUUCUGUAAGCUGCUAUACUUACAUGUACUACUGUAAGGAACACUCUUUUGCCACAAAUAUGGCUAAUAAGUUAUCGUACCUUGCAUGUAGCUAUUUCUGUAUGAGUUUGUAUUUCUCCACUUUUAACCAUCAUGAAGAAAACAAACUGCCAAACGUUUAACGCUAGGCCUUGGUGGUCCCCGCUAAAGCAUUUGCGCAGCCAUUUACAUUGUAACCAUGUUCGACUUAUCAGGAGCACCACAAUACCAAGCUUGCAAAGUUCCCUUCAGCAACAUUAUUUCAUAUAGACCACCUAGUGUAGUGGAAAUGUGCCAAUUUUUGUCCACUACAUGUACUGUGAAAUUAAUGCAACAUUCAGAUUACAAAAAGAACCUUAGCUGAAUUUAUCACACUGCUUUUUUCUAUGGAGGCAUUCACUUCUCCAUGGCCCUCAAUAGACAUUUAUAUACCGCAUGAAGCUAUUCUUGAAUGACCCUGUGCGUGGACCUAGCACUAUACAAUGCUUGAGGAUGAGAACUGCAGGGCAAGACAACUGUCAACAGAGCUUCUUUGUAGUUGUACAACAGUUUUGUUUGCAUUCAUCAGCCAUCCCACAACAUGCGAGAACCUUGCAAAGUCCUAGUGUUCCAAUUUCAAUCUGUAAACCUUUAUGCAGCUGGAGACAGGCGGUACAUAAUUGCACAUUCAUGAUACAUCUGAUUAGCACCUUACCCAAUUUCUUACCGGAAAACUGGACGGCUACAAGCAUUAGUGCCAUUUUUUUUCCUUGUUGAACCUGCACAAUGGUUGUGGGUGUCAGCUGCAAAACGAUUCUUUAUGGCAUCAUUUUUCUUGAUUUCCCUCUUUUUUUUUUCGAAGCACCAUAAACACAUCAAGAGCUCCUCUAAGAGUUACGUUUAUUAAUAUAUAAUGAUGCAACUCUGGCUACUCGAACAAAGAAGCAAAACAAACUACUGCACUCCACAAGGUUUCACUACAGUGUUUCCUCCAAUCACUGACCCAAUGUUUGUGAUGUUCCAGAGUCUGACCAUGUAUUGACCACACUCGACAUCCGCGUCCCAGCUUUCCAACAACUCACUGAUGUUGGCUUCUCUCCAAAACUGUAAUGUUUCAUUAGUGGUUCUGUGAUCUACAUUCUGUGUAGAUGUGUACAAUGCACAUCGAAAAGUUUAAUAGCCCACAUGCAUUCUGAAGGACAACUAUUGUGCAAAGUAUCUUACAAGAAAAGCCUUGAAAAUGCAAACCCUUAUUCCAUUUUUACCUCUGUGCUCCACGAGUUGGUCAUCUGCAUUGUUUUUGAGUGUGUAACCUCCUCUAAUGGAUUGUCCACAACUUUAGGGACAAGCUGCCUCAUUAUGUGCAGUCGAGAAAUCUUGUCAUAAUAAAUAUGUAACAUCUGACUAUGUAAAUAUGAUGUUUUUGGGUGACUGCCCAUGACACUGUUGUCCAGUAUGUAAAUUUGUCAGUGACCUACUUUCUGUUACCCUUGUACAUUCAGAUUAGUAGUGAUGACAACACUGAAUUGGUACCGCUUUUCAAGUAUUUGGUACUAGACCACUGUCCUGUGUCAGUAUAGAUGUGAAAAAAGGGAGGUUUAAUCGGUGACACAAAGCACGCUGUUCCAUAUGCCACAUUUAAGCAGAAAAGGGAGAUAUUGCUUGUUGACAAGUGUAACCUAAUUUAAUGUAAUAAAGGAUGACUUGUCAGUUA